UUAUAUUGUCGUUGUGCUGCUAUGAGGAGAGCACCUCAGCAUUACCUAAACCCUCUCCAUUCUCAUGCAGUCCAACACUCGCGAGAUCAAGAGGGAGAGUAAGUUAAGGAAACAUGGCGAUGUCUAAUUUGUUAAAGAACAAAGGGUCCCUCCAGUUUGAGGACAAGUGGGAUCUGAUGCGCCCAAUUCUCCUUAAGUUACUUCGCCAGGAGUCUGUAACGAAGCAGCAGUGGUUCGAUCUUUUCUCAGAUGUUCAUGCAGUCUGUCUAUGGGAUGACAAAGGCCCAGCAAAGAUUCACCAGGCUCUUAAGGAGGACAUUUUAGAUUUUAUAAAGCAGGCCCAGGCGAGGGUGCUCAGUCACCAAGAUGACACGGCCCUCCUCAAGGCUUACAUCGUGGAGUGGAGGAAGUUCUUCACUCAGUGUGAUAUACUACCUAAGCCAUUUUGCCAGCUUGAGAUCACUCUGAUGGGGAAGCAAGGCAGCAACAAGAAGUCCAACGUGGAGGACAGCAUAGUGCGGAAGCUGAUGUUGGACACUUGGAACGAAUCCAUUUUUUCCAACAUCAAGAACAGGCUGCAGGAUAGUGCAAUGAAGCUGGUCCACGCUGAAAGACUGGGAGAGGCUUUUGACUCUCAGCUGGUCAUCGGGGUGCGCGAGUCUUAUGUGAACCUGUGUUCCAACCCUGAUGACAAGCUACAGAUCUACAGGGAUAACUUUGAGAAGGCCUACCUGGACUCCACUGAGAGAUUCUACAGGACACAGGCUCCUUCCUACCUGCAGCAAAAUGGAGUACAAAACUACAUGAAAUAUGCAGACGCUAAAUUAAGGGAGGAAGAAAAACGUGCACUACGCUAUUUAGAGACACGACGUGAAUGUAACUCUGUUCAAGCACUUAUGGAAUGUUGUGUAAAUGCACUGGUGACAUCAUUUAAAGAAACAAUCUUGGCAGAAUGUCCAGGCAUGAUUAAACGCAAUGAGACUGACAAGCUUCACCUGAUGUUCUCACUGAUGGAUAAAGUGCCCAGUGGAAUUGAACCCAUGCUGAAGGAUCUGGAGGAACACAUCAUCAGUGCUGGCCUGGCCGACAUGGUUGCUGCUGCUGAGACUAUCACGACAGACUCUGAAAAGUAUGUGGAGCAGCUUCUCACUCUGUUCAACCGCUUUAGUAAACUUGUGAAGGAGGCAUUCCAGGACGAUCCUCGAUUCCUCACAGCCAGAGAUAAAGCAUACAAGGCAGUUGUGAAUGAUGCCACGAUAUUUAAGUUGGAGCUACCUAUGAAGCAGAAGGGAGUGGGCCUCAAAACACAACCCGAGUCCAAGUGUCCAGAGCUGCUAGCCAACUACUGUGACAUGUUGCUGAGGAAGACGCCACUCAGCAAGAAGCUCACGUCUGAGGAGAUCGAGCUGAAGUUAAAAGAAGUGUUGCUGGUGCUAAAAUAUGUCCAGAAUAAGGACGUGUUUAUGAGGUACCAUAAAGCCCACCUGACCAGGAGGCUGAUCCUGGACAUCUCAGCUGACAGCGAGAUUGAGGAGAACAUGGUGGAAUGGCUCAGGGAAGUUGGUAUGCCGGCUGAUUAUGUCAACAAGCUAGCUAGAAUGUUCCAAGACAUCAAAGUCUCUGAGGAUCUAAACCAGGUCUUCAAGGAGAUGCAUAAACACAACAAGCUCGCUUUACCAGCUGACUCCGUAAAUAUAAAGAUCCUGAAUGCUGGAGCAUGGUCACGCAGCUCAGAGAAAGUCUUUGUUUCACUUCCCACUGAGCUGGAGGACCUCAUUCCUGAGGUUGAAGACUUUUACAAGAAGAAUCACAGUGGCAGAAAGCUGCACUGGCACCACCUUAUGUCCAAUGGCAUUAUCACAUUUAAGAAUGAAGUGGGUCAGUAUGACUUGGAGGUCACAACCUUCCAGCUGGCUGUUCUUUUUGCCUGGAACCAAAGACCCAGAGAGAAGAUCAGCUUUGAGAACCUGAAGCUUGCCACUGAGCUGCCUGAUGCAGAGCUGAGACGCACACUCUGGUCUCUUGUUGCCUUCCCAAAACUCAAACGGCAGGUGCUUUCAUAUGAACCUCAAGUGAGCUCUCCCAAAGACUUCACAGAUAGUACAUUGUUCUUCGUUAACCAGGAAUUCUCCUUGAUAAAAAAUUCCAAGGUGCAGAAGAGGGGGAAGAUUAACCUGAUUGGCCGUCUACAGUUGACUACAGAGCGAAUGAGAGAGGAGGAGAAUGAAGGCAUUGUUCAACUAAGAAUAUUAAGAACACAGGAGGCCAUUAUUCAAAUUAUGAAGAUGCGAAAGAAGAUCACUAAUGCCCAGCUGCAGACCGAGCUGGUGGAGAUCCUGAAAAACAUGUUCCUUCCCCAGAAGAAGAUGAUCAAGGAACAGAUUGAGUGGCUGAUUGAGCACAAGUACAUCAAGCGUGAUGAGUCAGACAUUAACACCUUCAUCUACAUGGCAUAGCACUGAGGUUUACGAUGGAAAUGCUUAUCGUUCCAAUCAAGAUGAAGACAGUGAACAUGCAGCGGCUCAGCAGUGGGAGAGGAGUGCUGACACAAUGGAGCCACUAAGCUGGCUGCUGAUCUUCUCGUGGAGUGAUGGGCUUGUUUUACACGACAGUCACACACCAGAAUAGCUUGUUUUCAAGAAAAAUCCCUGCCUUACCUUACAGUAAAGAAACCUGAGAUGAGGAUGGGAGAUUUCAAAGGAAAAACAAACAAAAAAAAAUGAACUAUAUUUUUGCCAACAGGUAGUCAGUAUGCAUGGUGGGUGGUUUGCCUUUUUUUGUGAGUGUCGACAUCAACAGCAUGCUGUCGGUGGGAAUGUCUGUCAUCUGAGGACUUACUUGUGUGUGCCGUGUUUGUGUGUGUGUGUGUGUGUGUGUGCGUGUGUGUGUGUGCGUGUGUGUGUGUGCGUGUGUGUGUGUGCGUGUGUGUGCGUGCGUGUGUGUGCGUGUGUGUGCGUGUGUGUGUGUGUGUGUGUGUGUGUGUGUGUGUGUGUGUGUGUGUCCAUGUCUGGUCCAGGCUGUGUCCACUCUUCUCCUCUCCAGCUCAGCUCUCAGCCUGGUCCAAACGCUCACACUGCAGCCACACGGGAGCUCCGUCACCAGGAUGGUGGACUGGAGCGUUAGCACUUUACGCAUUCUGCCACACAUUCAGCAUGGCCGUGUUCCUGUCAUCUGUUCUGUGUUGCUUUGGUUUCUUUCUUUUGAGAACAUGUUAAACUUGGAUAGUUGAUGAUGGUGAUUUAUGCUGUAAGGCAGCCAUCUUGAUAUCACAGAGAAGUUCACUUUACUUUCCCCUUUAUUCAUUAUUAUUGACUUCUCUCUGGCCUACAUAAUGUCAGAUACAGUUACAGUGUGAUACAACAUACACUCUGCAGUUCCUCUGUACAGUGUGGGGUUUAGUAGGCGUCUGUUCCGUUAUCAGAGUUGUUUUGUUUCGACUUGCCCCAGGGAUACCGUUACUCCUCUUCUGUUGACCUUCAAGCCACUUAAGGACACAUGGGCUUCUUAGUGGGUUAAUGGGGGGCAGCUGUGUUAUUUUAAGUGUGUUGUUGGAACGGUUUGAUUUCAUGAAGCGGCUCUAGACACUGGAGUGCUUUACACCCUUGCACAUUGUCAACAUGGAAGGAUUGAUAUUAUCAUUAUCAUUAUACAGAAAUUAUAUAGGGAAUAUUUUCUAGUGUAUUACACUUGUACUCGCUUAUUUAGGACCAGUUCCCUCUGACAGAUAUCAUUACUCUGUUUCUAAAUGAUGUCAUUUUUUAUAGCACAGCCUCCUCACACUUUAACAAAUUUGAGUAAUGAAAGAGUGAUACUGUUUUCCGUUGUCAGAUUUGUGUGAUAAGUGAUAUUGCUAUAAUUGACAAAAUCAUUUAAAAAAUUUCUUGUUACCUACACACCCUAUUUAAAAUGUUUCAUACCAGUCAUUAGUUGGGUUGUAUACACUCACCUACACUAGCAAGUGCUUUAAAGUAUCUUUUGGCCUGUGAUAAUGAAAAGAAAAAAAAAAUCAUUAAACAUUACAUAAAGCA